CGGUUCGAUCGUUUUCCCCGCCCAGGCCCUCGGAGGCUGCGCGGUCUCCAUGGCGACUGGGGGGGGGGAAUUGAGAUUUGCGGCGUUGCCGCGGCCGCCAGGUAGGGGAAAAGAAGGCGAAAACCCAGGAAGCGGGGCCGCUGAGCUUCGAGUUGGCACAUCUGAAGUCGUCUGAACAGCAGACCCGCGCGAAAGGACGGGGGCCCCUGCAGCAAAAAGCUUUCUGCAGAUUUGAGAUCUCAAUAUGAAGGAGCUAUGAGUGAUCUCUGGAGGUAGAGUCUUGUGCCUCUUUGUAGUAUGAGUGUGAGCUGGCAUUGUUUUCUGGGAUGCAGACAUUGAGGCACCAUAACUCCAGGCAAGGAAGAUGCUCCAGACCAGCAACUAUAGCCUGGUGCUGUCCUUGCAGUUCUUACUCCUGUUCUAUGAUCUCUUUGUUAAUUCCUUCUCGGAGCUGCUGCGCAUGGCCCCCGUUAUCCAGCUUGUCCUGUUCAUCAUUCAGGAUAUCGCCAUCCUCUUCAAUGUCAUCAUCAUCUUCCUCAUGUUCUUCAAUACUUUCGUCUUCCAGGCUGGGCUGGUUAAUCUUCUGUUCCACAAAUUUAAAGGGACCAUCAUCCUGUCAGCAACAUAUCUUGCUUUGAGUAUAUCCUUCCACGUCUGGGUCAUGAAUCUUCGCUGGAAAAAUUCCAAUUACUUUGUGUGGACUGAUGGGUUGCAGACCCUCUUUGUUUUCCAGAGACUGGUGGCUGUGCUUUACUACUAUUUCUAUAAGAGGACAGCUGUACAGUUGGGAGAUCCCCGUUUCUACCAGGACUCUCUUUGGCUACGAAAGGAGUUUGCUCAAGUCCACAGUUGACGGCUGCUUCUAGAUCAUCUGCAGCAGAGGUCAGCCUCCUUGGGAUAGCCCAGAAAUCUGCAGGAAUAUUUUGUUUCCCUUUUCGUAUAGUUUGGUUCUAAAUUUUACUCAGUCAGAUGGCUUAAUUCCUUUUCUAAGGGCAACACACUUGAGAUUACUCAUCAGUGAAAAUGUUUUGCAUCUCAGUUUCCAAGCUCUGUACAUCUAUCCUUCUUUCAUAUCUUAAAUUGCACUCUCUUUGGAUUUGGCUGCAGCCUUACUGGAGAGCAAUCUGAAAUGCCAAAUAGAUUUGGCUGAGAACUCUUCGGAAAUAGAAAUAUUGCAGUUUUCUUUCUGGGAAUAAUCCUCUGUCUCAUAUUCCAUCACUCCAACAAAACAAUCUCCUGCCUUCAUUAGUACCACUGACAGUGUGACUAGGUAUAAAAUGACUUAUGCUCUAGUUUUGUAAUAUUCAGUCUCAGCAAAUAUAUUUUUGCAGACUUGUUAGAUUUGUCUUUUGUACUUGUAUUUUUAUAAAUUGUGAGAAAAUAAAUCUGUUCUUUUCUA